AUGGCAUCGGAACCAGGUUCCCGCUGGGCGCGGCGGAAUCAGGCAGCCCUCGUUGUUCGUGCCUCUGUUUCCUUCUUUAUAGUCCUCGCCGCACUGUUGCAGGCCAGCGACUCGCAGGAGACGCGUGGGGACCACGGAGUAAGCGCCUUCCGGCGUCUCAUCUCUGACAUCUCACUUCUCUGGGAAUCGCCCGGUGCUAACGGGAUCAGGGUGCGCUUUGGCAGUUCUGUGAAAUCAGGUUCCAGGACGUGAAUUCUAGGUUUUCGUCUCCGUCGAAGAUCCUGAUCAAGGGAGGCACCGUAGUGAACGCCCAUCACAAGGAGGUUGCCGACGUCUAUAUCGAAGACGGAGUGAUCGUUUCCGUGAGGCCUAACAUCAAGGUAGGCGUUCUCCGUAAUGAAUAUCAAUGAAUACCAAGAUCAAUCAUACUAACGGAAGAAAAAAGAAAUCCCAAGCCAACACAUCCAUCGUAUUGGUGACUACAUUAAGCUACCUUUGACGAUUAGACUUCGUAAUAUCUUCGUUGAUGAGAUCCGUAAUCUUGCUUGACUGGAAAAUAAGGUGCGAGGGGCAAGCCGAUUUCAUCUCGCCUUCGAAAUCACGAAUCUCAUAAAUAAAAACGAAAUUACGAAGAUGUUGGAUAUUCUUUGUUGCGCCAACUCCUUCAGUGACCCCCGAGUCUCUGUUCUAAACACAACCAUAUCUCCACCCUGACGAUCAUCUGGCUGUAGUGAUGGCCUCAAGAAAUAAUGGCCGUGUGUUGGGGGAAGGGUCGAUGAUUUUGAUAAUUAGCCUGUUUCUGGUCCAUCAAACUCUUGCUUUCAGGUCGAUUGUGAUGUUACUGUACUCGAUGCCAGUGGGAAGUACGUCAUGCCAGGUACCCUGAUCCAGAAUCAUCUCCAUAAUGGAGAACGUCCUCAUUGAUUCUUUGCUAAAGAUAUUUGACCACUUUGUGAACGGAACAGGUGGCAUCGACCCUCACACACACCUGGCAAUGGAAUUCAUGGGAACUGAAACUGUGGAUGACUUCUUCAGUGGCCAGGCUGCCGCAUUGGCAGGAGGAACAACCAUGCACAUUGACUUUGUUAUACCUGUAAAUGGAAGCCUGUCCGCAGGGUUUGACUCCUACGCUAAGAAAACAAGGAACUCAGUCAUGGAUUAUGGCUUCCACAUGGCCAUCACAAAGUGGGAUGAAGCUGUUUCAAAGGAGAUGGAGCUCAUGGUUAAGGAAAAAGGUUCCCACCCUCUAGAUAUUGAUUUUGACGGCGAGAAUUGAGUGUUUAAUUUCCAUCCUAAUCCCAUUUUUCCUGUCUUUCUGGCCAUAGGGAUCAACUCUUUCAAGUUUUUCAUGGCCUACAAAGGGUCUCUUAUGAUUAGUGAUGAGCUUCUCCUGCAAGGUUUGGAAAAAUGCAAGUCUCUUGGCGCAUUGGCCAUGGUUCAUGCAGAAAAUGGAGAUGCUGUCGCUGAGGGACAAAGGAAGAUGAUAGAUCUUGGUAUCACAGGCCCUGAAGGGCAUGCUCUUUCAAGGCCUCCCUUGGUAAAUGCUCAACAAGUAGCCUACUAGUACGUAUUGGCUGAGAAAUGUUGGAGUCAUUGGGCCAUCCGGCUCAGAACCAAUUGGCGGUGGGAGGAUUGGCUCAUCUUUAUUCUUUUCAAGUCUAUGUUAAUACCAUUACGAAACUUUAAAUCUUAGCAUGCCCGUCCAAUAUGAAGCUGACUUUUUAGACUUUGUCUCGUGAAGACCACAAAUGAGUUGCGUUCAAUUCAAGAGAAUGAUGACCUCUAAUUAUGUUUUAGUUAUUUGGCCAUCCAAGUGGAAAUCAAUUGGCAAUGUGUGACUGUCAAACCAAAAUACCCAACAAACUCUAGGUCUCCCACCUGUAUAUCACAAGCUUAGUCUCUGUAAUAAUUAUUAAAGAAUUCUUCUUAACAACAAAUGCUUGCUUGCCAUGUAUACUUGAUAAAUAGUUUAGGUCUAUUCUAUUAAUACUAGUUGAUAUUUUCAUCUGCUGAUUUAUAUCAUCAUCUAUUUGAUUCUUACAGCUGGAAGGAGAGGCAACUGCUAGGGCUAUCCGUUUGGCUAAAUUUGUAAAUACACCAUUAUAUGUGGUUCAUGUGAUGAGCAUCGAUGCUAUGGAGGAGAUUGCAAAUGCUAAGAAAUCCGGUUGGAGUCCUCUUUUCCUUUCUUUUUUUCCCCUUUUUGUGGUCAAUAUUGCUAAUGUCAAAAGAUUAAUGGCAUUGAAUUGCAUUCAUUGAUAGUAAUAAUUUUUCAUCAAUGCUACCUGACUUCUCAGGCAAAUUAUUCAAUAAAUUUCUAGUGUACUGAUUGCAAAAAUAAACUAGCACUCACAUUUUGAUGUUCAAUAGACCCCUAUUUAAUUCUGAUAAAUCACGCAUACAUCUAAUUGAUGAUAUUAUUUUAAAUUUUAUUAUCAGCGUGGGAGGUUCCGCAUUUAUUCUUACCUGCUAAAUUAUUUCGUAGCACUGCAUUUCCAAUAUAUUUCUGAAGGCCCUAAAAUGAAUUAUUAUGACACCUGUAAACCUGCAGGACAAAGAGUUAUUGGAGAGCCAGUUGUUUCUGGUCUGAUCCUUGACGAUUCAUGGUUGUGGGAUCCCGACUUUACAACUGCAGCGAAGUAAAAAUUAUAAUACUGUCUCUUGAGACCUUUUUUUUAUUCUGCUAUUUCUCAAAUUUUUCGAUCAUGGACGCAAAAAAUUAUUUCCCCGUUCAGGUAUGUGAUGAGUCCUCCCAUAAGGAAAGCUGGACAUGAUAAAGCUCUUCAAGCUGCCCUGUCAUCAGGAGUAUUGCAGGUUUUUUUUUUCAUACAUGGGCACCUUAAAUAAUGCAUACUCCUCAACCAUGUUAAAAAAAACAUCACAAAUCUUUUAUAAUGAUAAAUACUGGCAGAGUGCUUAACAGCGUCGGGGAUUCUUUCUCGCCUGAGGUUUUUUUUUGUGGCGUCAGAUGAUCUUGUUGCCUCUGCUGUUUCACCGAGCAGAUGAACCUAACCACUUCAUAGCUUUUGUUUUGUUCCUGAUAUGCUUGUUAAUAUAUAGAUGAUUUCUCAGCACAAGUUCACAGUCAUCUUUCAGGGCACUAAUUUUAAAACAUCAAAGAUAGGAUCUGGGAAAUCACGCUGCCAUGGUUAUGAUAAUGGUGUUUUUUUUCCAUUGUAUUAUGCAGCUUGUAGGAACAGACCACUGUACAUUCAACUCCACACAGAAAGCUUUUGGUAUAGAUGAUUUCCGCAAGAUUCCAAAUGGUGUCAAUGGUGCGCACUUAUUUUCCAUUUCCCAUCAUAAUGGACAAAUGCUAUUUACUUUUAAUGGUCUACAUUUCCUCAACAUAACCAGGAAUUGAGGAGAGGAUGCAUCUGAUUUGGGAUCUGAUGGUGGUGAGCUUCACUAGUUUUGACAUUUGACGGCAAAUGAUUCAAAAACAUCUUUUUCGGAGUUUAAUGAUUCCAGUUUAAUGAUGCAGGAGACGGGUCGAAUCUCUGUUACCGACUAUGUCCGAAUCACAAGCACCGAAUGGUACUUAAGCAGCAUCCUCAUGAUUCUAGCUCAUGCGUAAAACUGGACCUCACCCUUAUUUUCUUGUUCCUUCUGUAGCGCUCGGAUAUUCAACAUUUACCCAAGAAAAGGGGCGAUACUAGCUGGAUCUGAUGCUGAUAUAAUCGUGCUCAACCCCAAUUCGACCUUUGAGAUUUCAGCAGCUUCCCACCAUUCAAGGUCCGACACAAAUGUGUAUGAUGGGAGGAAGGGCAAGGUAAUCUCCCUCAGGCUGCCGCCCGUCCGUCGACAAGACGCGGUUCUAACCUGUUUCUGACUCUCCAGGGGAAAGUAGAGAUCACGAUUUCACAGGGGCGGGUCGUGUGGCAAGAUGGCGUGCUAAGAGCAGAGCGGGGCUCGGGGAGGUACAUAGAAAUGCCGCCAUUUGGUUAUCUCUUCGAUGGUCUGGGGAAAACCGACGAGAACUAUCUCUCUUCUCUUCGAGCUCCUGUCCGGCGCGCUAAAUCUUCGGUGUAA